UGUACACACUACCAAUUAGAAGUGCGUUAUUUUUAAACGGUUUUCUGCUUCUUCUUUUUUUGUUUUUGUUUUUUUCUUUGAAAUGCUAACGUUGCCAACUGCAGCAGCCGCAGCGGCAGCCAAAGGAGACACACCAAAACGGAUACCAAGUUAAAAUAGAGAAUAUAGCGAAUCUUGGCGUAACGCUAUCUCAGCACAAAAUCGCUCGCUGUGCUGGCUGCAGCGUAGCGCAGCUGACGUCGACGCCGACGCCGUUGCUUCUGUGAAAUAAGCUGCUGACUCAAACAAAAUAUUCAAAUGGAGACGAAAAACCCGCCCACCGUCACGAGCAGCUACCAUCAUCAGCGUGCGCCGCGCACGCCGGAGAGCUACUUCAAUGUGCCGGAAUCGGUGGCCCUGUUGAAUAUCGUCAAAUCGGAGCGCAUCCAGAGCGCGUUCCAAUCGAAUCGAAAGAAUCAUGCCAGCGUCUGGGAGAUGGUCGCCGAGGUGCUGAACCGGUUCAGUGCGAGAAAACGAACGGCCAAACAGUGCUGCAAUCGUUACGAGAACCUCAAGAAGAUCUAUACGCAGCUGAAGAAGAAUCCGGAGAGGCAUGUGCGCCGCAACUGGCCGUACAUGUUCCUGUUCAAGGAGAUCGAGGAGCAGCGCGGCGAGUGCUGGGGCUCGAAUGGCAAGCGGCUGGCGCUCAUCUCCAAGAAUCACAAUGAAUUGUCCUACUAUCAGCGUCGACGUCAGGCGGCCGAGCUGGGCGUGCUGCUGAACAAGGACAAUCUGACGCCACAUCAGCACAGUCUGCUGCAGAGCCUCAGCCACGCCCAUUCGACAGACUCCUCACAGAGCGGCGCCAGCAAACUGGAACGCUUUAUGCCCAACCAUUUCGUGGAGACACAGCUAAGCGAGGGGCCCUGCUCGAAUGGUGGCGCCGGCGGCGGCGGCGGCGGCGUUGGCGGCGGUCUGCCGCUGGGCGUCGGUCUGCCCGGCAGCGGCUACGAUGAUAAUCCGCUCCAGCUGCAGGUUGCCGGCGCCGUGGCAGCCGCCGCGGCAGCCGCAGUUGCCGCCCAGCUGCGGCACGAGCAGCCCCAGCUGCAGGCGGCCAGCGCUGGCCAGGAGCAGGAGCAGCCACAGCUGAGUCACAGUCAUAGUCACAACCACAGUCACAGCCACAGUCACAGUCACAACCACAGUCACAGUCACGGUCACAAUCACAGUGCCGCAUUUAAGGAUCAUGGCCAUGGACUCCAUGAGCCGCCCGAGGCGCCCGACUUUGACAAGGACUGCAGCGGACCGCUCAACUUGCAUCACAACAGCAGCGCCACCAACGACAACAACAUAUCCAUGAAAUCGGAGCCGCUCUCCGAGGGUGAAUUCAAUCCGGAUGACAUUCAGCUCAUGCAGACCAACUACAAUGGCGCGCAAAACUUUUACUCGCCGAGCAUAGAUCAGAAUAUACUGCAUCCUGAUGUGAUUGUGGAUACGGACAAUCUGUCCGACUGCAGCUCGUCCGCAUCGCUGAAGAGCGGCAAACGCAAGAUGUCCACGUCCACCGAUGGCGACAGCACCAACUACGAGCUGAUCGAGUAUCUAAAGCGGCGCGAGAAACGGGACGAGGAGCUGCUCAAGCGCAUGGAUGCGCGCGAGGAGCGCCUCAUGAAUCUGCUCGAGCGCACAGUCGUUGCCAUCGAGCAGCUGGCCGCGGCCAGGCCGGCCUACACCACGGCAGCAGAAGCCACAGACACAGCCACAGCUGCUGCUGCUGCUGCUGCUCCAGUUGCGCCGGCUGAGCCAAGCCAGGCUGAAGCCAUAAAACGUGCCGCCACACCCGCCGAUGCAGCAACAGCUGACGUUGCCGCUGCCAACGAAUCGGAUGCCAUUGUUCUGCUGUUGCCCGAUGACAACAACCAGGAGCUGGCGUCCACGCCAGACGCAGCAACAGUCGCCGCAGCAGCCGCGAUAGAAACGUAGACAAAGAUCCAAAUUGUAAUGGAGAAAUGUACGCAGUGCCAAAGACGAGCCAUGUCUCGGAAUCUAUAUGAGAUUUGCAACGUUUACUUAAUAGUGCCAAGUGCUUAAGGACUCGCAUGCAUAGCUAAGCAUACGGAAACCAAAAAAAGAAACAAAAGAGCAACUAUUUUAUCUUGUCUAAGUUUAAUAUAUUGCCAGACGCAAUAUUUGUGCCAGCACUAACUUAAUUUGUAUCUAGGUUAAGGUUCAAUGAAUCCUCUAGCUAUAGACGCAGACCUCCAACCAAAACGUUUAUAUACAUAUAUAUAUAUAUAUAUGAUAUUUUCUAUAUAGCCCCCAAUCAAAACAUUCUGCAUGUGGCCAUUUUUUCAAUCGUUUUGUCAUCUAUAUUUAUAUAUAGUCUGUUUAACUGGCAAGUCUGCGUAUUGCGCCGAUCUUUUACCCAAAUCUUCUAUUUGUUUUAUUUUUUUUUUUUGUAAUUUUUAGUCGUUCGCAAGCAAAUUAUAUUUCGUUUUAAGUUUGGAGCUAAAAUGGGGCUCAA